CCUCCAGCCCGCAUCGCGCAUCCCGCAUCUCCCAACCACGUCCCGCAUCCCGGAGGAGAGAGGACCAAUAGCAGAGCGCGCAGCAUCCUCAGCAUCCCCAGCAUCCCCAGCAUCCUCACUCUGACUCCCUGCGUCAAGGCGUGAACAUCUGUUUCUUUUUUUAAACUUAUUUCUCGAAAGAGACGCGUUUCUUCCUGUGGGACUGGAGCGGUCCGGUCCGUUUGGCUUCUCGCAUGCGCUCAUUGUGACCGUGGUGGAAACGCGUGGAUGCGACGCACUUUGAGGGAAAUCAAACAGAACAAACCGCCGCCACCUCAUAACCCCGCUCAUCUUUUUAUUUAUUUAUUUUUUUUAAUCUUUUCAUGAAAAAAAAAAACCUUUUUGUCAGCGAGUGUGCGCGCGUGUGAAUUAACGGGGAUUUUUUCAACGGGAAAAACAAAAAAAAAACAAAAAACUGAUUUUAUGUGCGCGGCGAAGACGGAAAACAGGAACUCCGGCAGUUGUGCAUUAAUCGCAUUUUAAAAAAAAAUCAUUUUUGUUGACGUCUUCUAUGUGGCAUCGCACUGUACUGGGCUAUCAAAGGCAUAUAUAAAUAUAUAAAUAUAUAUAGAGACAUAUAGACUGGAGGCCAGGUUCAGUGCUUCCGACGCAGUCCUCGGCUACCCCGCCGUUACGUAGCGGCUCAAGCUCCAUUUCAGCACCGCGGACAGACGCCCAUGACCCCCCAGCAGGAGAAUAUCUCAUAUUUCAUAUUUCACCCUGGACCCUUCUGGACGGCGUGAAAGAAGAGGCGCAUCCGGAGCAGAGGGAGAGCUCAGAGCCACACUCCGACAGUCCGGAAACGUCAUCCAGACCGUUCCGGCGUGCCGUGAAUGCCGGACAGAAGCUAGCCCCGGCAGCGCGGCUCUCCAGACCGUGAGGCCCUCCCCUCACCCCGUGCGACCUUUCGGCUCGGUCCCCCGCUGAGGCACCGAGGCUCACGCCCGUGUCUGCCGCUCUCACCGGCGAGCACCCACCCCCGCCACCAUGGGCACUGUGCUAUCUCUGUCGCCCAGCUACCGCAAGGCCGGGCUCCUCGAGGAUGGCCCCGCCACGGUAGGCCCCUACACGGCCGUGCAGAACAGCAAGAACGCCAAAGACAAGAACCUGAAGCGACACUCGCUCAUCAGCGUGCUGCCCUGGAAGCGCAUCGUUGCCGUCUCGGCCAAGAAGAAGGGCUCCAAGAAGGUGCAGCCCAACACGACGUACCAGAACAACGUGACCCACCUCAACAAUGAGAACCUGAAGAAGUCGCAGUCAUGCGCCAAUCUGUCCACCUUCGCCCAGGACUCCAGCGCCCCGGUCAUCCCGGGCUCCAAGACUUCCGCCAAUGUGGCCUCCUCGGUGAAGAAGGUGCCCCCUUCGGGUUCCAGCACGGCCGCCCCCGGCACACCGAAGCGGGUCAUCGUCCAGGCGUCCACCAGCGAGCUGCUCCGCUGCCUGGGCGAGUUCCUCUGCCGCCGCUGCUACCGGCUGAAGCACCUGUCGCCGACAGACCCGGUGCUGUGGCUGCGCAGCGUGGACCGCUCGCUGCUGCUGCAGGGCUGGCAGGACCAGGGCUUCAUCACGCCCGCCAACGUGGUCUUCGUCUACAUGCUGUGCCGCGACGUCGUCUCCUCCGAGGUGGCCACCGAGCACGAGCUGCAGGCCGUGCUGCUCACCUGCCUCUACCUGUCCUACUCCUACAUGGGCAACGAGAUCUCGUACCCGCUCAAGCCCUUCCUGGUGGAGAGCUCCAAGGAGACCUUCUGGGACCGCUGCCUGUCCAUCAUCAACCUGAUGAGCGCCAAGAUGCUGCAGAUCAACUCGGACCCGCACUACUUCACCCAGGUGUUCGCUGACCUCAAGAACGAGAGUCAGAAGGAGGAGGAGAGGAGCCGCUUGCUCAUCGGACUGGACCGACUCCAGUCUGUAAGGAAGCCGGAGAGAACGCCGCGGCACCUCCAGCAGCACAAAGCUAAAGCGUCCAAGGAGGAGCUGCCGGCCUCCCUGCCCACGGCGGCAAACACAAUUGCCGGUUGUUUGAAACAGAGCAAGUGAGGAGAUGAGGGACAGAGAGAGGAGGCACCGUCCCUGAAGCACAUGGGACACGGUUGCUAAGGACUCACCUGGUGCUUUGGACGUGGGGCGAGGUGCCGUGUCACUUUGAACGGGCGGCGUAAAGGGGAUGUACUCACGGAUACGCUAUGCUCUGUGGCAAUCGCAGUGCGCCGGAGUCCCAGGGUUCGAGUGCUGGGCCCACACUGACUCGGUGUGUCACCGAGUCCUGCCAUUUCUUUUCCCCACUUGCAACACAAAGUAGUUGUUUUGGAAAAAUACUUUAAAAGGUUAAAAAAAAAAAAAAAAAAAAAACUAAUUGUUCAGAUUUAUCUCUUUGGUUCUUUUGUGUAUCUUGUUGUGUACAUCUUUGUUGAACAAAAAAAAGAGAAAAAGACAACAGUGUUAUUAGAAUUUAAAAGAGGGGAGUCGCUCCCUUUGAUUGCAUGUGGGUGUGUGUGUGCGCGCGUGCGUGGAGUGAACGAAUGUGCAUUUGUACUGAUGAAAGCGUGAGUUUGUUUUCUUACGGGGGACGGGGUGCGAAAAGGAAGUUGAGUCGUUUGGGGUGGGGUGGGUCCAAUCGGGUCGGGACCAGGGUGCUGAACCAACACAGUUGUUCAACUGACAAAAGCUGUUGCUGUAACUGAACCUUUUUCUGUUCGUUUCUGCUUAUUUUUAUUUAUUUUUGUACCGUGAUGGAAAUUAAAAUGCACUGAUUGUUCAUGACGCACAAAGGAGUUACUGUCUCUGUGUCUUCAGUGUCUCCAUCAUCAGCAGUAAGAUGCACACGUGACCCUGACCCUGGACCACGCCGAUCGAGGGAAAAGGUGUCGAACCUGUAGCACCC